CGCAGGCUCGCACAGAUCCGAUCCCUUGGAGGUUGUCAGUAUUCGCCUGGUGCUCGCGGGAGAAGGACGUUAUUCCGCGUCUCCCAACCCGCUGCUCACUGACUGCCUGACUCGUGUGACUCGUGACUUGGCGCAGGCCCUCCCGUGGCUUGCAGCUCCCGUGUGUGGAGCGAGUGUGAUCCGCAGGUGUCCGCCCCGCCACUCCUGACGCAGCGGGAGUGUGUCAGCCGCUGAUAUGCGGUGGGCGUUGGUAUCGUUGGUGGCGGCGUGCCUGCCUGUGGGCGGCGUCUGUCAGAGCCCAGUCCUCUACCUGCAACAGGGCGCCGCUGGGAACCAACGCGCCUAAGACUCCAGGCAGCAAUAACUUCACCAUCAAGAUCAGCGGUAAUCCGGCCAAAUAUGUGCCAGGGGACGUGUACACCGUGAGUCUGCUCGGAUGGCGCCAGGAGUACUCUGUCAAGAAGUUUACUGGUUUCCUCCUGUUGGUGGAGCCGUCACGUGUCCCCAGAGACGUGUAUGGGCCCCAGAGCGUCGGCAUGUUCCAGCUUUAUGGGGACGCCCUCACCCUGUACUCUGAGGACUGCCCCAAUGCCAUCACGCAGAGCUCCUCAGCCCCCAAAAGUGAAAUUCAGGUGCUCUGGACGGCGCCGCCAGCUGGUUCAGGCUGCGUCAUAUUCAGAGCAACCGUGGUGGAGGCCCGGGAUGUGUGGUACAUGGAUGACGGAGGGCUGACGAAGGAGCUGUGUGAGGAGGAGCAGGACAACCCAGACAUGCAGCCCACCAUCAUCGACCCGUGCUGUGCUUGUGACGAGGCCAAAUACGAGGUCACCUUCGAGGGGCUGUGGUCGCGGCACACUCACCCCAAGGACUUCCCAAACAAUGAGUGGCUGACGCAUUUCUCUGACAUCAUCGGCGCGUCUCACUCCAAGGACUACAUGGUGUGGGAGUAUGGCAAGGAGGCAUCGGACGGUCUGCAGCAGGUGGCCGAGUGGGGAUCGACGCGCAGGCUUGAGAGUGAGCUGAAGAGACAGAGUAACCACAUCAGAACCAUCAUCAAGGCUCGCGGUCUGUGGUACCCCAACGUGAACGGGAAGACUUUUGCCGUGUUCCGUGUCGACAAUCGCCACCACCUCAUGUCCCUCGUGUCUAUGUUGGGACCCACACCUGACUGGAUCGUGGGAGUCUCUGCGCUGGAACUCUGUCUUACCAACUGCUCCUGGGUGACGCACAAGACGCUCAACUUGUAUCCUUACGACGCGGGCACGGACUCCGGGGUCACCUACGAUUCUGCCAGUGUCGCGACGUUACCGAAGGGCAAAAUCCGGCGCAUCACAAGCACUUUCCCCAACGAUCCUGCCUCGCCCUUCUAUGACCCGACAGGCAAGCCAAUGAAGCCGUUAGCGAAACUGACCAUCACCCGCCAAAGAGUCUACGAGAAGUCCUGCUCAGAUACCGAUAUUCUUCGCAUCGAUGAACCGGAGUUCGAAGUGUCGGACGAGGACGCUGACAGACCGGAGUGUGCGGUAAGCGAGUGGUCUCAGUUCUCCCCUUGUUCCGUCUCCUGCGGAAAGGGUCUUCGCUCCCGCACGCGUAACUAUCUGAUGCCGCAGAAGGCGCAGAUGAUGAUGUGCAAACGCCAGCUCGAGGAGAAUGAAAUGUGCGCCGCUGAUCUGCUCUACUGCGCCGACUCCCCUGAUGGCGCCUUCGGUCCGGCUCCAGAUUUCGACCCUCGCAUCUGCACGGUGUCCGAGUGGUCGCCUUGGACUCCCUGCUCGGCCACCUGCGGGAAGGGACACCGCAUGCGCAGCCGCCGUUAUCUGGACCGCAUGGGACGUAAGAAGUGCGACACAGAGUUGGUGGGGAAGGAAAUGUGCGUGGUGGCAGAAGCGCCCACCUGUGACUACGAUAACGCCGAAGUUAUCAGCGAGGACUGCGCCGUGACUCCAUGGACAGAAUUCACUCCGUGCUCCACCACAUGCGGGAAGGGCGUCACCGCACGAACUCGCUCUUACCUCGUGCCUUCCGCGGACCACAGCCACUGCAACGUCGAUCUGAGGGACGAGCGGGAGUGCAUGGCUCACCGCAGCGUCUGUUUCGAUCCCUCCGAGGCUGAAGAGGUGUGCAUGCUGGAAAAGGAGGUUGGUCCCUGCCGAGGAUACUUCCCAAGGUGGUACUACGACACGACCCAUCAGCGGUGCAUGCAGUUCACCUUCGGAGGAUGUCGAGGCAACAGGAACAAUUUCGAGGAAUAUGAGCAGUGCACCAAACUGUGUGAGGUCAACAAAGCCCCAGGUGGUCACGGUAACCCCCCGCCCAACAACCCCAGGCCCCCACCAAGCAGGUCCAGGUUGAGGCCCCAGCCGGAUGACCGUGGGCAGCGCGUAGACUGCAAGGUAACAGACUGGUCCUCCUGGAGCUCCUGCUCAGCCACCUGCGGCGACGCGAUCAAGGAGAAGCAUCGCAGGAUCGUGGAACAGAACAGAAACGGCGGGAGGAGGUGCCCAAGACGGUUGGUGAAGAAAAGAGAUUGCAAAGUGCCAAGGUGCCCCACUGACCACUUCAACGGCUUGGAGUCUCUGAGCCAGCGACGAGAGACGGAACCCACAGCCACCACCACCAUCACGCCGCCGCCUGUGCCCCACCAGCCAGAGACCGAGUCUGUACCCUUGCCCAGCUUCGACCCCGAUGAGGAGUACAUCUCCCCCAGCCUGUACAACCCUCACGUGGGCCCCUCCUAUCUCACCGAUGACGACCACGACCACCACGAGCACGAGGACGUGGAGAACUGUGUGCUGAGUGAGUGGGGCCCCUGGUCGCCGUGCACCCAUUCCUGCGGUCCCGAGGCCUUGCAGCAGCGGUCUCGCCUCGUCGUGAUGGAGGCGCGCAAUGGUGGCACUCCCUGCGGCGACACCAGGCAGAGGAGGUACUGCACCCUGCCGCCCUGUCCUCGACCCAGGAUCGAACACUUCCCUUGGCUGGAGUGGCGGCGGCCGUGAGGCGAGCGUGUAGGCAAUCUGAGAAGGACACGUGGAGGGCAGGAUGUCAGCAAGACUUAGCGUGUUAGGAAGUAUAUUUCUGAUAUGAUGUAACCUUUAGACCGGAGCGGCGCGUUGAGACGCUGUGGCAGGCUGAGCCAGUCCCCACCAGGACGGUGCUACGGCAGCCACCUGGGCCACGGGCUGGCCCUCGGUCCCAUUGCCACACGCUGUCCCCUGUGACGCCCGCUUUCUUCGCAGAACUUCUGCCUUAGUUUUUAGUGAGAGAAGUUUGUACGAUUGCUGCAGGCCGCUGCAUCCCCGGCGAGGCGCGCAGCGCCAGGCCCCAUGGGUCGCCCGUGCGCCACCCACGCCACCGCAUAUAUAAUAUUCACCCUGUCUGUUUCUCGAAUUAGCUUGUAAGAGUCCGUUAGCUCCUAACUGGCCCCUGCCCGUUACUAACAUAUCAAUUAAGGCGCCUGGGAGCCUCCAGCAACGUGGCAGUGAGCGUCUCCCACCUGUGUACAUAAGUGUUAUCCCGCUACUGGAGACUGUACACAUCACCGCCCUGUGGCGCUCACAGCACGGCUCCGCGGGUUGGUUCAUGCCCACAGCAGUCAUUUAUAUGGAACUGCAUUAGAGUGUUACUAAAUAGUGUGUAAUGUUAAUGCUGCAGCCGAUUGUACGGGCGUAAGUGAAAUGUGUGUGUGUGUGUGUGUGUGUGUGUGUGUAUGCUUACUGGAUGAGCGUCAGGAAAUAGGUGGAGAGGUUCAAGUCUGGGUUAUUACAUUAUAAAUCUUCCACAAUUUUAAAAGAGAAGGUACAGGUUGACCUGUCUCAGAUGGCGGGUAAUGCAUGUGUCUUGCCUUGUUCAGGAACAUAUUGCCAUAUCAAAAUAAAAGGAAGCCUGAGUUUGCUGCA